GGUGACAGUGGGGAGGAUGAUGACAGAGAUGACGAUGAUGAUAAUGAUGAUGAUAAGGAUAAAAAUGAGCAUGGUGAUGAUAAUGGUGACAAUGACAGUGGCAACGACGAUGGGGAUGACGAUGGAGAUGAUGGCGGGGAGAAGCCAGAGAGUGAGGGUAAGCCUGAGGCAGGAGAGAAACCUGAGUCUGACCAGGGAUAA